GUGUGUGUCAAGAGCAGCAGCAGGCUUGCGCUAUAAAUGUGACUUUGUUUACGCGUUCGUCGCAUACGCCAAGUUCGCGAGAAGAGAUUAAUUCCAUCGUGAUGAUCUCGCAUGGAAAAAAAAGUAUGAAACAGUUCUCGACAGAAAAGACAACUCUGCUCACUAACGAAGACAAUCCUGUGGUUUUCCUGGACGUUGCGAUCGGAUCCGAGAAAGUGGGAAGAAUUGUCAUGGAGCUUUUCAAGGAUAUCGUGCCGCAAACCGCGGAGAAUUUCCGUGCGCUGUGCACCGGCGAGAAGGGAGCCGGGUCAAAGGCUGCGAGAUUACACUACAAGGGAACCGUCUUCCACAAGGUCAUUUCGCGGUUAAUGAUCCAGGGUGGUGAUGUCGUCAAUUUUGACGGUACCAGCGGAGAGAGUAUUUACGGCCCUUACUUUGACGACGAGAACUUCAUGUUGAAGCAUGAGUUUGCUGGACUACUCAGCAUGGUGAACGAGGGAAGACCGCAUACCAACAGUUCUCAAUUUAUCAUCAUUCUUGAAUCAUCUCCACAUCUUGACAACUUCAAUGUAGUAUUUGGAAAGGUCGUAAGAGGCAUGGGUGCAGUAUUAGAGAUGAGUAAAGUAAAGACCGAUAUCUCUUUAUCUGAUGCUCCAGUUGAGAAAAUAAGUAUAGUUGAUUGUGGGGAAUUCAAGAAGGGGGAGACUUGGGGACUAGAGGAGAAUGACGGAUCCAAGGAUGUUUAUACACCAUGGCCAGAAGAUUGGGAUUAUCAUUUGCAUGUCAACAAGCUUACGCACACAUUCAUGGAAGAUGUAAUAAAGCAUAUAAAAGAUUCUGGAAAUGAUUAUUUCGAAAAGGAGAACUUGGUAGAUGCCAGUAGAAAGUAUAAAAAGGCAUUACGAUAUUACUCAUGGAUGAAACAGCAAAACAUGUCGGAUACAUUUUAUGCCAAGCUGGCGAUUCUUCGAUUAGAUUUAUUACUUAAUUUAGCUGCUGUACAAUUAAAACAGAAAAACUAUCAGAAAACCAUAGAAUUGUGUAGCGAGGUUUUGGAAACAGAUAAAACGAAGACUAAAGCGUUAUAUCGAAGAGCACAAGCCUAUAUUUCUCUGUACGAAUAUAAAUUAGGAUUAAAAGAUUUAUAUCAACUGUCUGAACUAUAUCCUAAGGAAAAGAAGGAAUAUAUUCAACAGGAAAUACUAAAAGUGAAAGAAAUGGAAAAUUUUUAUUUAAAAUCAGAAAAAACAAUGUGUCAAAGAAUGUUCCGCUGAAUGUUUUUCAUUUAUGAUUUUAAUGUAAAUUUGUAUUUUGUAGAAAUGAUAAAAGUUCUUUUCCGUUUAUUAAAUUUAUUAAAUUAUUUCCACGGAAAUAAUUUAAUAAACUUAUCACUUAAAAUUCUGGUUAAGAUUUCUUCUUCUAAAAUUUAUAAAAAAAUCAAAUUUAUUCUUAUUAAUGCAAGUCAUACGGAAAAGAAAUAAAUGAAUUUUACAAUAAAUUAUUUCAUUUUUUCAUUUUUAUACAUAUAUCAAUGUGUCAAUUUUAGUCAAUUAUUUCAAUCAAUGUAGAAAUCGAUAUUCAAUGUGUCAUACAACAGUAUACAUAUAAUGUGUCAUAGUACUUAUUAUUAAUGAUAACUAUAUGAAAAUAUUAAUCAUCUAUUUAUUAUAUAUUUUUUUAUUAAAAAAAAGCGCAAUAAAAAUAGCAAAAAAAACUUUAUAAAUGCUUAAUAUCCAGGCAAUAAGAUACGUUUAUAUAUCUGGCUGUGUAUAUAUUUUUUUAAAACAAUUAGAUAUAACUUUGCUACAUAAAAUGUAAAUAAUGUAUAAUUAUAAGAAAAAAGAGCAAGAAACAAUGUUACUUUGUGUAUAAUUUAUAAAUUAGGGAUAUGAAAUAAAAAAACAAUAUUGCAACUAUGUUUCUAUAUUCUUAUUUCAUGAGUAAAUCUAUCCAAUCCGUUAUCACUUUAGGAAAUUAUUUUGGUCAUAUAUAUACAUCGAAAAAUCACAAAAA